AUGUACCCGCACUCAAUACAUAGCAUUAACGGGUACCGUGAGGUGUGGGGUGCGGCACUAGUGCUCCUCGAGCUGGGGGACGAGGAGGCGGCCUCGGUUGACUUCUCGCAGCCACUUCACGAGAUCGGGCUCACAUCCAUCCACGUGAUCAGCCUCGUGACACAACUGAGCGACGCGACCGGCUUGGACCUCUCGCCGACGCUGAUCUAUGAGAGCGUCUCGCUACGCGCUCUGUGCGGCACACUCCUCGAGAAGCUUGACCUGGGCGAGCCUGCCGCAGACGGCGUCACCGGCGACGCGAAUGCAAACUACGCGAUGCGAGCUUCAGACCGGCUUGUCAUCGCCGGGAUGGCGUGCCGCUUGCCUGGCGACGCAAACUCGCCCGAAGCACUCUGGUCCAAUCUGUUGGCGAGCAAGGAUGCGGUGAUUGCACCGCCAGCCGGCCGCCCACACAACGGGAGGGAGUCCGGCUAUCUGUCGCAGGAGGUGCUGAUGAGCUUCGACAACGGGCUCUUCGGGGUUGGCGAUCGCGAGGCCACGCUGAUGGACCCGCAGCAACGGCUGCUGCUCCAUGCGGCCUAUGAGGCCUUCCUCGACGCUGGCAUGCCUCCGAACGAGCUCUCUGAUCGAUCCGUGGGCGUCUUCGUUGGUAUCUCGCAGGUUGAGUACGCGGCGCUCGCACAGCAGGCGAUCCGAGACGAGCAAAUCGACACUUCGCCAUACCUUGGUCCAGCGUGGUCGCUCUCCAUUGCCGCAAACCGGAUAUCCUACCUUCUCAACCUCACUGGCCCGAGCAUCUCACUCGACACGGCGUGCUCGUCGUCGCUCGUCGCUGUCGACUUGGCCAUCUCCGCCCUCCGCGAGGGCAAGUGCAACGCCGCGCUGGUCGCGGGCGUCAACGUGCAGCUCCUUAGCGUGUGGUCGGAGACGUUCGUCGCCGCGGGCAUGCUCGGCAGCUCGCAGCGUUGCCGCUUUGGUGCUGAUGAAGCAGACGGGUACGUGCGCGGCGAGGGUGUGGGCGCCGUCCUCAUACGGCGUCUCGACGAUGUGGAGCCUGACGCUGUCAUCCGGCUGUACGCGGAGGUGAUCGGCGCCUCGAUCAACCAGGACGGCAAGUCGAACGGGAUGACAGCGCCGAAUCCGGCGGCGCAAGAGCAGAUGCUCCGCGCGGCAUACAAGAACAUUGAUCCGCAGCAGGUGCGAUACGUUGAGGCGCACGGCACGGGCACGCGGCUGGGCGACCCGAUCGAGCUCGAGGCGCUUGGACGAGUGCUCGGCAACGCCGGCAGCAAACGCGCGACGCACCGAAAGGAAGCUCUGCUUGUUGGUAGCGUGAAGGCAAAUAUUGGCCACCUCGAGUGCGCCGCCGGCCUCGCGUCGCUCAUCAAAGCCGCGCUCAUCGUCAAGACGCGAGUCGUACCUAAGACGAUCAACGUGGCGAAACCCAACCGACUCGUCAACUUUGAUCGCAUCGGCGUCUCGUUGGCGACCGAAGGCGCGGUCCUGCCUGCGGACGGUGAGUUUUAUGUCGGACUGAGCGGCUUGGGCUUCGGAGGCACCAAUGCGCAUGUCGUUCUGAAGACCCUCAGUGUCGCUGCUGACGAGCCCCACGAGUGCGUCUCGCCGACAGCAACGUUCACACGCCCGCUGGCGCUGCUGCUAUCGUCACACAGCUACGAGCACCUCCGCACCUGCGUUGUGUCGCUCGCAAAGAAGCUCGCCACACCGGCACAAGUGGAUGAGGACGAGGCGGCAGCGAUCUGUCGGUCGUUGAUCGCCCUCCGCUCGCACGAGCUGCGGUUGCAUCCCUUUCGCUUGGCCGUGGUUGGAUCGAGCGUUGAGGAGCUUAUCGCCAAGCUGACAGCAGCUGUUCGAGCGCAGGCAACCGCGCCUCUCCCGACAUCGCCGCCUCGCAUCGUCUUCACUUUCACCGGCCAAGGCUCGCAGUACGUUGGGAUGGCAAGCAAGCUGUACUCCUUCUCGGCGACGUUUCGUGCGGCCAUUGACGAAUGCAGUGAAGUGCUGGCCUCGUUUCCAGAGUGGAGCGGCGCCUCACUUGCGAUCGCUUUGUUCGGCCCCGAGCCAACAGCAGAUAUGGACCGAAGCGGAUUCGCGCAGCCGGCCCUGGUCGCACUCGCACUUUCGCUGUACCGCGUGCUCACUUCCGAUUGCGGUGUCGUCCCAGACGUCGUCAUUGGGCACUCCCUCGGGGAGAUUGCGGCGUGCUGCGCGGGUGGGCUACUCACGUUGCAGCAGGCGCUUCGGCUAGCGCUCGUCCGCGGUGUCGCCAUGCAGGCGCUGCGCUCGGGAUCUGGCGCGAUGCUCGCUGUCAACGGCUCGCCAAAGGAGCCGUCUUCGACGAAGCUUCGCGAGGUCUUGGCCGCAAGCCCCGCCAUUGCGCUCGCCGCCGUCAACAGCCACCGUAGUUGCGUCUUGAGCGGCGACGCCGGCCAGAUUCGUCACGCCGAAGCGGCGCUGAGAGCGGCGGGAGUGCGUGUCAAGCUGCUCGACGUGUCACACGGCUUCCACUCCGCGGACGUCGAUCCGUGCCUCCCCCAGCUCCAGCGCAGCGUUGAGGAGCUGAUCGGCGAGGCAGAAGCCCCAUCGUCGCCGGAUCACGCGGCGGCUGCUCACACGAACGCGCGGCCGCGCGUCAUUUCCACGCUGAGCUGCAAGGUGCUCGUGGAGACGCCGCAGGCGGCGCACUGGGUUGCUCAUGCCCGCCAAUCUGUGCUAUUCGAGGCGGCCCUCGAGAGCGCUGUGUCGGGGCAUGGCUGCUCCGUCGUGGUGGAACUUGGCAUGCAGGCGCACCUCUCCCCACACGUGAUUGCAAAGCCAUGCACUGCCAGAGCGGUGACGGCGGUUCAUACCCUACAAGAGGGGUGCGAUGACGCCGUGCGCCUACUCGAAACGGCCAGCUCUCUCUUCGCCGCUGGCCUCAGCGUGGACGCCGGUCCGCUCCUUCCCACCGGCAGGCUCACACGCGUCCCCGUCACGCCUCUCGUUGGCUCGCACUUCUGGCUACCUGAUCCCUCUGUCGACGCCAAGGAGGCCUGCCGGCUCUCGCAUGAGACUCCCUUUCAUCCACUGCCUUCGCCUCUUCUCUUUCGACCGUUGUGGAUUAAGCAUAACGCGCAGAGCUUGCCCAACUCGGGCAAACCCCCAAGGAUGUCGACGCUCCUCAUCGCGGAUCUGAUUGGUGACUUGCCGCAAGCAUUUGUCGAGCAGAUGCAGACGCUCGCCCGUCGCCACGUGCUCGCCCGCACCCCUGCCCAAAUGCAACGCUCUCUUUCGCAAACGGCAGUUGGCGAUGAGAUUGAGCUACUCGUCUUCCGUGGCGACGCCCCGUCGCUGCUGCUCACGUUGCAAACGCUCGCUACCAAAGGGGGCGCCACAUGUCGUAAGCUUGCUGUCCUUACGCAACGCAUUGCCAGCCACGACGGCAACGAGCAUCUACCGCUUCCCUCAGACGCGGCACUCUUUCGCGACGCGGCGACGUGGGGCCUCGUCAAGUCUGCGCGUCUUGAGCCGUCUCACACCGAGCUGCGCGCGAUCGACAUCGACGACUUCCGCUCGGCACUGAGUAUGCGCCACCUGAGCCACAUGCUCGCCGCACCGUCGCAUCCGCCAGGCAACCUCGCAAUCUGCGGCACAGACCUCUUCGACGAAAGGAUCUUCGCCGACGAGUCGCUCUCGGCUCCAGACCCCGCUCGGGCGAUUUCAAAGCGCUCCGGAACGGCCCUCAUCACCGGCGGCACCGGCGCACUCGCACUGCAACUGGCGCUUUGGCUGGUGGAGGCUCGUCAUAUCAAGCAUGUCGUCCUCUGUUCGCGGAGUGGGCGCGUCGCUGAGGCGAACCGCGGGCUCCACGACGCGCUGGAGGCGGCAAUAUUGCGGAGCGAGGGGGCAGCCACCUUGGUUGUCGAGAGGUGCGAUGCGUCAAGCGAGGAGCAGAUGCGUGCGCUUCUCGCUGCGCAUGCAGACGGCAUCACGGGCGGCGGCGUCUUCCAUGCUGCUGGGAUACUUGACGACGGCCUGUUGCGUGCGAUGACGGCCGAGCGCCUCCAACGGGUGGCAGCACCAAAGGCGGACGCUGCCCGGCUGAUUGACGCCUUGCUCACAGAGAUGGGUGUGCAACCGCGCCAUUUUGUUCUCUUUUCCUCUGUCACAAGCCUCGUGGGCACGCUCGGCCAGUCCAAUUACGGCGCUGCCAACGCCAUCCUUGACACACUUGCACAGCGCCGGUGUGCCUCCGGCGUGCCGGCGCUAUCGGUGCAGUGGGGACCGUGGGCGGGGUAUGGGAUGGCAGCAGGAGAGCGAGUGAGCACCUCGUUGUGGUUGCAGAUCGAGCCAUCACAGGCACUCGCUGCUCUUGGUAAGGUGCUCGAUGCAGCGGAAAGGGGGCCGGCCGUCUGCACGAUCGCAGCCAUCAACGCCGGGGGUGUGAUGCAGCUGAUGAGACAGCAUCCGCACGUUAGGGGCAUGUUCGCCGACGUGCUCAGCCGGCUGACCAACACAGAUAGCAAGCAGGCAGCUCCGCCCCUGCGCUGUGAUGUGACGUCGGAAGAUCUUCUCGAGGCUGUACGAGCCUUUGUGGCGACUGACACCGUGCUACCUGUCGACGCCUUGGCGACAGCGAGCCUGUUCGAUCUCGGACUCGACUCGCUCGCAAUCAGCGCCUUUGCCGUCGACAUCUCACGGCGCUUCGGCGCCAAGGUUGACUUGGCCACUCUUCUUGAUGCGAGCUCGUUUGACGCUCUGGCAGCUGUCGUGAACACAACUCGCAGCGGAGACGAUGGCGGGGGAAGCGCGGCUGACAGCACGAGCAGCUCGGAGAGAGAAGGCCCCGACAUCAGCUUAUCCUCCGUCGAUCCAUUCGGGCCGCUCAGUCCUCGGCGCGCAUUCACUCGGGAGGAGCACGAGAAGCUCGUGGAAAAGGUCGAGGUCCUUCGGCUGUGCGCAGAGUGCGACACCUUCGCGGCGAAACACGGGACCUCCAAGAAACUACUCUUCAUUGUUGCACGCGUCUUCUCUUGCGCCUUCAACGCGGCCUGUGGCAUAUUGAUCCCCAUCAUGCUCAGCGGCUACACCCUGACGAAACUCGCUGGCCUGUUAUCGAACGUGGAUUGGCUCGAGCUCAUCCCUGCCAUCGUCUACGGCGGAGCGGAAGAGUUCGAGAUCGCUCACUCUCUAUCCCCAGCUCUGAUGGUCAUCAGCACGUCCUGCGUUUUCCUUGGGGCGAUCCUCUUCACCAUUUCCUGCAUGAUCGGUUGGGCCCUCAUAGUCAAGAAGGCAGUCGGGGUGCGGCUGGUGCAUGGCCUUUCAUACCACUGUUGGAGCCUGACUUGGCUACGCACGAGGCUUGUUUCAGACGCGGCGCACCUGCUGCUACCACUGCCCGCGUCACUCCUGGUGCACACGGAACUGCUCGUCUGGCUCCAUCGGCUGUUUGGUGCUCGCGUGGGCGUCAAUGUCGUGCUCAGUACGACGCUUCCAGAUGUCGCGCCUGUUGCCGAGCUGGUGGACAUCGGAGACGACGUGCUGCUGGAGGCGGGCGCGAGGCUGAGGGUCGUGCAGAGCAGCGACGGGAUGCGGUUCGAGUGCAAGCGCAUCUCGAUUUGCUCAGGCGCGUCCGUUUUGCAGCAGUCGAUCGUUUGCGGAGGUACUCGCCUUGGCGAGGAGGCGGUAGCUGGCAUCUUCUCGGUCGCCCAAGGGUACGUCCCUGAUCGGUCGAUCGUCUCCGAUGCCGACGUGCUGCCGCCAUCGAGCAACUUUGGUGCCAACUGCACGGAGGUGACAUUGCGCUCGCAGAGCGGGCAGUCCACUUCCCUCCUCAUCGGGCACGUCUGCCUUUUCCUUUGCAUCCUCUUCCAGACUGCUUUUGCUGCGGCCAUUGCAGCGAGAUUGAUUCUGCUCGGACCGCUGUACGGCUUCGCGCGGCACGGGCGCUGGGUAGUUGCGCAGCACGGGCUAUGGGGAUUUGCGAUCUGUGCGCUCGUGCUGCCGACAUUCUUCACGCUCUACGCGCUCGGCGCCAAGUGGUCGCUGAUUGGGUGCCAGAGGCCGGGCACAGUGACCAUCACGACGGCGAUGAUGCUACGUCAAUGGUACGUGGAACGCCUCUAUUGGUUGGCGGAGAGCACCGUCGGUCCAUUCAAAUACUACUCGGUUCUGGACACUGCGUGGUGUGUGCUCUUUGGGGCCCGCAUCCAUUUUACCGCAAUCUUCUCGCCAACGCCCUCCUUGCCCGACUUUGAUCUGCUUGAGGUGGGUAAAGGCUGCUACACCAGUGCUCUUCUCUCGUACAACACCCGCCAGGUGCAUCACCGGCGCCAAACGGGCGCACCCAGCACCGUUACUUUCGGUGCGAUCCGCCUCCUCCCGAACAGCUUUGUUGGCCCAGAAUCUAUCCUGCUCUCGGGUGUCACAGUUGAGAGCGACGCCGCCAUCUCGGAGAGAACCCUCGUUGCACCGCACACCACUGUCGAGACGGGCACCGCCAUGCUCGGCACGCGUGGCAAGCUCAUACGAUACCGGCCCGACCGCAGCCGCGCUCCAGCUGGCGGGGUGUUGGCGUAUGAGGUGCACAUGCUACUGCUCAUGGCCGUCCGAAUCGCCUGGCACUUGAGCUUCACCUUGGCCGCACCGCUGGCGAUCUGGUACGAACAAGCCCGUGCUACAGGCCUACUCGACCGCGGCGCGGACAUGGGUACCUUCGUCAUGUUUUCUACCAUCACCAUCUGCACCGCAUGCGUCAUCCAACCGCUCUUCGUCCAGCCACUCUACGCCGUGUGCUCCGUCCUCUUCUCUCGCUCGCUAAUGGGUUCUCUCGCGCAGCCUGGCAAGGCGUACGGCUGGCACACGAGGGAGCAUUCGCGUUGGACCAGCGCGUUGGCACUCAACGCGAGAACGGCCACCUCUCUAACAAUGCCAAUAGCGCGACUAUGGACCGGCACGUCUUUUCCGCGCACUCUCUUCCGACUAGCGGGGGCCACCGUCGGACGGCACUCCGAGGUUCCUGCUCGUGGUGGCUUAUACCCCAUGCAGCCGGAGACGUCGUUGAUCACGAUUGGCGAAUGCUUCAGCACUGACGGGGCAGCGUCGGCUUACGCGCACAAUUUUGGAAAGGGCUACAUGGAGUUUCCUCCGCUGACGAUUGGCGCCGGCGUACAUCUCUCGCACCUUGCUCUGGUCAAUCCUGGCUUGCACGUCCCCGAUGGAACGCAUGUUGGGCCAGCCUCCAUCGUGUCAAAGCUCACGCAGCUCGACGACUCGCAGUGCCUUACCGUUCAGGGCAAUCCUCUCCGUCGAUGCCAACGCACGCAAAGUCAACAUUAUGUACACGAGGGGUCGAAUGUACGGGAAUGGGAGGAUGCGGCGCACUGGGAGGAUGCGGCGCGUAGUGCUCAAGCACGCUCUUCGGCGAAAAGUCGCCGCCGGCUGUCCACGCCGAGCCAGCCAGUUGCCGGUUCGCACGGCAGCCUCUUCCUCUCGACCAGCCUCAACUUCGACAUGGUCAUCAUUUUGUCGCUGCGUGCUCGUGGCGAGCCGGGCGGCGGUCACACAACGGAGUCGAAUCUAGUCGAAUAUUUAGCCGACGACGGCGACGACGCGGGCGCAGAUCGCCUCGGGUGCGCUCGCCGCGGUGAGGGCGGCGAGGAGGCCGGAGAGGCGAGCCUAUCAGCUGCUCAUGAUUGGUGA